CACACACAUGCGCGCAAGGCGGACAGGCAAGCAGGAGCUAGCUUUGCCAUGUGGUCCUCCGAUUGUGGAGUUAACAAAAAGGGAGGUUAUCCCUCGGUCUGUUCAUCCAUCCCAAUAGCGGCGGAGUCACUCUUCGUUGUUGCCGCUGCUCUGGCAGAAUGAAGGGACGCGCAAGAGAGCAAAGGGCCGACAAAGGGCCGAGCCGACAAAGUGGGAGAGCGACCAGCAUGUUGUCUCUGGUCCGCUGUGUGGGCGGGAAGAAGCGAGGCUGAGGAAGAGGUGGAAGAAGAGACAAGAGUUGGGACUCGCAAGCAGAUAGUAGUGAAGUGAGACAAAGCAUUAGAAGGGACGCGAGACUCAGCCAGCCACACACUGCCAAAGGAUUGGGCUAGAGGGUGGGAAGCGGACAGAACAGACAAAAGAAGAGGGGUGAGGAAAGCGGGUGGACAGAGAGAAGCAAAGGGGAGACUUUGCGACGUUCGAAGAAGCCAAAGCAGAGGGUUAAGAAAGGCUCUGAGAGGGGACAGAUGAACCUGCCGGCUCGGCGGGAUCUAGGAAGAGACAAUAAAUGCUACCUCUAGAGAAAUCUGAGGAAAGCACAGGGAGAGAUUAUUGUAGUCUUCAUAAUAAUCAGAAUCAUAGCCUGCAGCCGAAGAAGUGAGCAGUACACACUGGUACAAAGAGGCGCACAGUAAGACACCAGCCCCGGAGAAAGAGCGCCAAGAAAUCAGGAGUAACACCUCUCCAACCCAGGAAGAAAGAGGAGGCGGGAGUAGACCAUGCUUUACAGGAAAACAAGAGUAUUGUAAGAGAAUUCUUGACUGCAGCUAAAAUCCAAUUUCAUCAAGACGCUGGAGCCAUAUCCAGUGUGUUCACUCAAGUUCCUCGUGGUUUUUCCUUGUGUCUUCAUGAUUAUGGACCAUGGUCUCUUGCAUUCUAUUCACUCAUUCCUGGAUCAUCGUUAGUACGGAGUGGAUGUUUUACAUACUAAGAGUGGUGGUUGCCUUAUCCUUUUCCAUGGUUUCAACUGAUUUUUGCUGUGUUGGGGAGGCUGAAGACACGCUGAAUGAGUCUGCAACUUCGCUCUCGCCGAAGAACUGGGGCGGCCCGGGAGGGCGGAGCUUUUAAGAUGGCAGACUCGGUCAAUCGCUAGACGGACUGUCUCUUCCCACUCUGACUGACGUUUAUCCUAUGCUGAGAAGGGACGUAUCAGUCUGCUUUACUUGUAGGAGUCCUCGACCACCCUCUGCUCUUGUUUCCUAGACUUAUGGUUUCCUGCGCCUUCGUGAAGAAAGACUGGCGUGGGAGUGACAGAGUGGGCGUGGUCAGCCAGAGGAGAAAGAAAAAUCUGCACUCAGUUUUCCCAGCAACAUGGAGAAGAACCCAGCCAAUGGAUUGGAGUCGCAGCGUUCUGAAAAGGGACGUUCAGGCACUGGUGGAGUGAUUCGGCCGCCCGACCGUGGACCUGUUCGUGACUCCGGACAACGCCCAGCUGCCGAGAUAUUUCACCAGGUUUGCAGUUCCGGGGGAGGAAUGUGUCGAUGCGCUCCGGAGCACCUGGCCACCAGAGUUCCUGUAUGCAUUUCCUCCACUGCCCCUCAUUCCCAGGGUGGUACGGAAAAUUCUAGCGGAAUGAGCAGAAGUCCUACUUUUGGCCCCGCACUGGCCUCGCCGCCCUUGGUUUGCCGACCUGGUGGCCCUAUCGGUGGACAACCUUGGAGGAUUCCAUUGAGCAGAAUCUCCCUCAGCCAGGGGGCACUGGUCCACCUGGACCCUCAGUGGCUCCAGUUGACCGCCUGGUGCUUGAGUGGAGCGCUCUGAUCCAGGACAACUACUCCUCCGAGGUAAUUGCCAUCAUGCAGGCUGCCAGGCGGCCGUCCACAAACAGGAUUUAUGAUGCCACCUGGAAGGCCUUCUGUUCCUGGUGUUCUCAAUCUGGCCUGAUUCCAACUGAGGUGACUGUGCCCCAGAUACUGAAUUUUUUACAGGUGAGGCUUAACAUGGAUAUUUCGCCCAAUUCCAUCAGGCGACAGAUGGCCGCAUUGUCUUCAGUGCUGACUUGCGGUAGGUUGGAGUCUCUAGCUCAACACCCUUCUGUCCGCAAGUUCAUCAGGGGCGCAAUGAACCUGCGACCGCCAGUGGUUCAUUGUUUCAACUUGGGACCUCAACACCGUUCUGCAGGUGCUGACCGGAGGUCUGUUCGAACCACUGUGGGAGGCGAAUCUGUGCUUCUUGACCUGCAAGGUGGCAUUCCUGGUGGCCAUCACCUCAGCCAGGCGGAUCUCCGAGAUGGCGGCGCUUUCCAUCAGACGGACCUCUGUGUGUUUCACCCUAACCAGGUUGGGCAAGUGCCAUUCUCGCAGCUGUUGUAAUAUGGAUGAAUAAAUGCCAGGCUUGUUUGCCCACGUCUUUUAGUUUGAUUCCAAGUUGAUGACAGUGCUCUCUCAAUUUCUAUAAAGGAACAGCAUGGAAACUGGCAUCCUGAAUUGUUAAUGGGGUCAUGGCAUUCAUAUUAUCAUCGAUCACUUGUGUGGAUUUAACCAAUGAGGAGCAACAGUACCUGAACGGAAGGUAUCAAGAGUUAUUAUUGAAGGUCAUCAAAACUUUUUCUUUAAAUCUCUGAGAAUGUCUGAGCAAGAUAAACUAGAAGCUGGAAAUGAGCUAGAUUCAUCUCUCUCUCAACCAGAGAAUUGCAUUCUUAAUAAAACAGAAAGUUCAGAAGUAGAUGAAAAAGAAGAAUAUGGCAAAUCAGACCAGUUACGAAGUGCUAACCAGAACCAGCAGAAAAAGAGAUCCAAGUCAGGAGGAAAGGGGAAACUGGUACGAAGCCUUGCUGUUUGUGAAGAAUCAUCUCCUCAUCUUGAACCGGACACUGGCAAUCAGGAAUCAAUACAGCUACAGCUUUCAAGUUUCCCCAACCUACGAGAAGAGGAUAAAUCUAGUAAAGAUGAUUCUGAGAAAGAAAAAGAGAAGGAUAAAAACAAAGAAAAAGAUAGAAACAGUGAAAAAACCAAGAUAAGAAUGUUAUCAAAAGACUGCAGCCAAGAAUAUACAGAUUCAACAGGCAUAGAUUUGCAUGAAUUUCUAGUUAACACAUUAAAGAAUAACCCCUGGGAUAGAAUGGUAUUAUUAAAAAUGGAGCAGGAAAUCAUUGAUUUUAUUAGUGAUGAGAGUAAUCAUUAUAAAAAGUUCCCCCAGAUGUCAUCAUAUCAGCAAAUGCUGGUGCACAGAGGGGCGGCUUACUUUGGCAUGGAUCACACUGUGGAUCAGACUGGGAAAUCUGUAAUUAUCAACAAGACCAGCAACAUGCGAAUCAAUCAUCAGCAAGAACAUCAGGAGCAGCGUGGGACAACCUUAAGUACCUGGGGGGCGGAGACUGAGGCGAAACUGUGCAUGUGCGAAGUCCAUUUCAGCUCUGCAGUCGUCGUCGGAGGUUCUCGUUGCUGUAGCUCCCGCACAGAGGUCUCUCUCAGUCGGAUAGGCCUCGGCUUUGACUUUGUGAGUCCAGCGGUGAGUCGAGGGUGGUCGGGUCAUUGCGAUGUCAUCCGGAAGGAGAUCCAGUCAGCUCGGGUGGUCUUGCAUCAGCGCAAUCAUCAGCAAGAACAUCAGGAGCAGUGUGGGACAACCUUAAGUACCUGGGGGGCGGAGACUGAGUUUGCUCUCAUGAAAAUCUUUUUAUGGAUAACAGGAUCUUGGAUAAUAGCAUGUACAAUGAAACUGUCAAAAGAAGACAGCUCUUCAGGUUCAGAGUCUUCCAGCAGUGCUGGGUCCUCAGGAUCUCUGUCCCGAACACAUCAGCCAGUCCCUGGAGUUACAGCUAUAUCUUCAAACAGUAUAUCCUAUGCAGAGAAUGGAAUAGGUGGCCAGGGAGUACCAAGCAACACCAGCUAUAUCAUCCUUCCACUUGAAGCUGUAGGCAUUCCACCAGGAAGUAUUCUACUCAAUCCACAUACAGGUCAGCCAUUUGUAAAUCCUGAUGGGUCAUCUGCAAUAUAUCACCCUCCAACUCAUCAGCAGGGUGCUAGAAGCCAGAUAGUUGGAUAGUCUCAACAACCACCAUCUCAACAACUUGCCCAGCAACCAUAGCAACAAAUGACAAGUCUUAUCACACAACCUAUUUCAGCUCUGCAGCCAUCUUCUCAAUCAGUGCCAUAUCCAGCCAUUUCCUAUCUUCCACAACAUCUUCUAACAGUUUCUCCAACACAGCGGUUUUCUAUGUGAGAUGACAUCACAACACAGUUUAGCCAGAUGAAUUUCAGUCAUCAGUCAUCAGGAGACAACUCUGAUUCACUUUCUUGUCCUGUCUUUCCUUCACCUAUUAUACAACAGACUUCCGCACAGACUGGUUAUGUCAUUGCAUCCCCAAGCCAGCAACUUUCUUCUGGAGGUUUUACAGGCUCAGGUCCACCAGUAUCCCCUCAAGUACAAUCAACACCACUGCAAGGUUAUGGACUACCACCACCAUCUCCUCAGGAAGAAAAUUGAAAGUUGCAGAAUAUCAGAGGUUGAGCUUAAAUCUUCCAGAUCCAUCUUUUGAAAAUGGUUUUGCAGGUAUGAGGUAAACCAUUACAAAGUUGUUCUAACUAUGUUUAAUGUAUUCUUUUCAGAAGGAUACAGAAGUCAAUUAUAUCCUUGGUGAAGGCCCUUCCCAUCCCUAAUCUCAGCUCAGGGUAGCUUCAUUGCUAAAAGAUCCAAAUGUCUCUAACUUGAUCAACCAACUCAAGCAUCUUACUCAGAAUACAUUCAGAAAGAGCAGUUAUGACAGUUGGAGGUGGUCUUAUAUACAGGAUGGGCGGGGCUAACGUGACGUUUGCGCAUGCGCGAAGCUCAUUUUGUUCCUGAAGGCUUCGGAGAAGGACCUCGUUGUUGCAGCUCCCUCGUAGUGGUCUCCGUUGGAUGGGCCGGCCUCAAUUUCGCUCCCGAGGGUCCACCAUCAUGCUGAAGACACUCCUUCUGCCUCGAUGUCGUCUGGAUGCAGAUUUCGGUCUCUCAGGAACGUUUGUGGUGUAGAAUACAUUCAGAAAGAGCAGUUAUGACAGUUGGAGGUGUUCUUAUAUACAGGAUGGGCGGGGCUAACGGUUAUCAGUCUGUCUUGACCAAUCAACAGCAAGGAUUCCAUGGACUCGUAGGAAUGCAACACUCUCCCCCAAACCAAAAUCUAAUAAAUAACCAACAGGGAAAUCAGAUGCAAAGCAUGAUUGUCCAGUACCCAGUCAUGUCGUCUUAUCAGGUGCCAAUGACCCAGGGGUCUCAAGGACUGCCACAACAGUCAUACCAACAGCCAAUUGUGCUCCCUAAUCAAACAGAUCAAGGAACAUUUACAGCCACUGGAAUGCCCAUUUAUUGUAACGUCCUAUCUCCUUCCCCACAAAACGCUAUCCGGUUAAUUGCACCACACUGUCCCACUAAUAAUGUUUCUGUUAUCUCUGUCAGCUGCAGGACAAACUGUGCAAAUAUGAAUCAUACUGGAUGGCAGGUCAAGUACUCUGAAUCCUUAGUUUAAAUACACAAAGGUAACUGCAUUUCUUUUUUUAAAAAAAGGGAACAAACUCAUGGCCUUCAAAUGAAAAGAGGAAUGCAACAAGAAUAAUCAGUUGGGAGGUAUAAAAGCUAUGCUGCUGGAAAUAUUUGUAAAACAAAACGAACAAAACAUCAGUUGUUUGCUGUUUAAUGGUGCAUAUCUUGGUCAUGUCUGCUAGAUUUGCUUUUACAGCCUAGUUAGUGACAUGAACUCAUUGGGGUAAGUGUUUUGCUACCACUGAAUAGCACUGUGUAAUAUCCCUAAUUCAGAUUAGUUUUACAUUUUGUGUUUAGUUUGUGAAGCAAAAGGUAUUUAAAAGAAAUAUAAUAAAAUUACAAUGUCUCAAA